AUUUUUUGGUUUUAGUUUUGUUGCCCCUCUCUCUGCAAUUUACUUCUCUCUCAUGUCAUGUCAUGCAGCAAAGCAAAGGCAUAGUAUUAUUAUAGAGCAUACAGUGAUACAGAGAGGCCCUUUUUAACCCAAUAACACGCCUCCCUCUCUUCCCUCACCCCACGACAUUUGUUUCGCUUCGCCAGCUCAUUCAUUCACUACCUUCCUUCCAAAACAAACCCCAUCGACCAACAACACCCAACACCAGAUCUCUGUGAGAUGCGCACUUCUUGAGCCUCUCUAUAUUCGUAUCUCAUCCCUUUUGACUUUCUCGGUAAUUCCCAGAAAUCAAAAUCCGUCCUUUCUUGAUCUGUUUGGCUGUUGAUAUUCUGGGUUUUUUUGGGUUUCUUUCGGCGAUACCAGAGUGGGUGGGAUUUUUGGUUAAGGAGGAGAUUAGGAAUGGCGAAUGGGGUAGAGAGCGAGAGGGGUAUGGCGAUGUUUAGCGAUGAAGAGGUGAGCGAGAUAAGUGGGGUCAAGAGAGGUGGAGAUUAUAUUGAAGUGACGUGUGGGUGUACCAGCCACAGGUACGGCGAUGCUGCUGGCAGGCUUAGGGUUUUUAUCAAUGGUGAUCUCGAAAUCACCUGCGAAUGCACCCCUGGUUGCAAUGAAGACAAGCUGAGCCCUGCCGCAUUUGAGAAGCAUUCUGGAAGAGAGACAGCAAGAAAGUGGAAGAACAAUGUCUGGGUCAUCGUUAACGGGGAGAAAGUUGCAUUAUCAAAGACUGUGUUGCUCAAGUACUACAAUCAAUCAUCAAAAAGUGCUCAUGGGUCACACAGAUCUCAGAAUGGACGGGCUUCUCAUCGUGAUGAAUUUGUCCGUUGUUCUACAUGUAACAAGGAACGCAGGUUUCGAUUGCGGACUAAAGAGGAAUGUAGGAUUCACCAUGAUGCUUUAGCAGAAGAAAACUGGAAAUGUUCCCAUUCGCCUUAUGACAAGAUUACUUGCGAUGAUGAAGAAGAGCGAGCAAGUCGAAGGGUGUACAGAGGGUGCACCCGUUCACCUACGUGCAAGGGUUGCACUUCCUGUGUAUGCUUUGGGUGUGAGAUCUGUCGUUUUUCAGACUGCAGCUGUCAGACUUGUGUGGAUUUUACAAGGAAUGCGAAAGCUUAGUGUCCAAGACCAUUGAUUUGAUCCUGAUUCGCCCUUCGCUACCUUAACGGCACCCAACAGGAAAAAGAAAAGAACAUUGCUUCAUUUAUCCGCCUCCCCACAUCUGAUAUAAGUCUUCCAGUAUAUUUAUUUCCUUAUGUAAAACUUGAAUUUACAGUCCAUGAGUUGAGCAUUGGCUAUUAUACUCAAGUCGACUGAUAUUCAUAUUUCAAAUGCAGUUAUUUAUUGCCUCAACAACUCUUUA